GGUGGGUGGAUAUAUAAGGGAGGAAGCAUCCCCAAUUCAUAUUCUCCCCUAUCCCUUCUCCAUCCGUAUAUAUAUAAGCAACCAGAUUUCGAAUUCCUCCUCCCCCUCCUCCUCAUCAGGAGGAUCCCUUCCCUCCCUCCUUCCACAAGUCUCCGUGCUCGGCAUCCAGGUUUCAGAUCCCAAGGGGCCCGCCCGUUCCUUCGUCCGCGAUCCGUCCUGACCCGAUCCAGAAGGGGGGAUGGCCACCUUCGAGCUGUACCGGAGGUCCACCAUCGGCACUUGCCUCACUGAGACGCUGGACGACCUGGUCACCAGCGGGGCGGUGAGCCCUGAGCUCGCCAUUCAAGUCCUUGUGCAGUUCGACAAGUCGAUGACUGAGGCACUGGAGGCUCACGUGAAGAGCAAGGUUAACAUCAAGGGCCAUCUGCACACCUACAGGUUCUGCGACAACGUCUGGACUUUCAUCCUAACUGACGCAACAUUCAAGAGUGAGGAGAUUUCAGAAACACUCAGCAAGGUGAAGAUCGUGGCCUGCGAUUCCAAAUUGCUGCAGCCUCAAGCAUAACUUGCCAGCCUCCUCCGCGUCCCUCCCCGUCCAGUUUUACUCAGUUCAUGCUAGACCCGGCGCCGCCCAAACUUUACCAUGUUUUCUUGGUUCAUGCGAAUUUGUCCUCUCCAAAAGUUCGUGUGAAUCUGAACAAUCGACCGUGGUACCAGACUAAAGUAUCAUGGCUGUGAACUUGUCAUCCAUACUGUUUAUGGAUGGUUUCACUCUUUUCUGUUGAGAA